ACACCCAAUCAGAAAUGACAGGUUUGAGAAAAUUAAAAAAAAAAGGUUAAAAGUUUAAAAGACAACGCACUUAUAAUAGUUACAUAUACAGACCCGUUGUGAUAACCGUCCGCCAACAUACAACAGACUACAAAAUGGCAGACGGUAAGAAGACAUAUUACCACCACACAACUAAGGACGGAGCCGCACAAAUAUUACAGUCAGGGUACAUCAAGCAAUCAACUGAUACGAAAACAGAUGCUGCGUAUGGACCCGGUACCUACCUUACCAGAAUGGGCCCAGACAAGUCCCAGAGUGAUAUAGCAAAGAAUAACUACGACGGACUCAACAAUCAAUUCGCAGAUAAAAUGCUGAGGGAUGGUAAAACAGACGUUACCAUAGCCAUUGAUCUGCCCAGCACUAAGGUUACCAAGGCGGAGUCAGACCGCGACAUUUAUGUGUCGCCGGGAGAUGUUACCAUAGAGGACAAAAAUCCAAGGGUUUAUGUGAGGGGUGACGAUGGAAAGGCUCAGGAGUUCAAACCCAAGAGAAAAUGAAACCCGCGAGUACUGGUACACAUGAUUCGUUCGUGUUUGCUUUGAAUUAGAUGCUAUUUUUUUCUCUCUAAAAUCUAUGUAAAAAAUGAAAUCUUGAAAUCUGAAAGGCGAACAUUGUUUUCUAAUGAAGCAAAAGUGUGGAAAGAAGCCUAAUUCUUAAAGCUUAAUUCGACUCAAGCUUUACGAGGACAGUUAUAUUAACAAGUGUAAUUUGAUGGUUUAACAGGAACAACAUAGAUAACAUGACAAUGUAAACUUAAUAUUAAAUCAAACAGAACACAGGCCUGUCUUCCUUUUUUUUAAUGACUUAUUGAUCAAUAUACAGGUCUGAAGUAUGAUAUUUUCGUAUUGGAUGUUGUAUUUGUAAACUUCGUAAUCAGUUUCUUUAAUUGACAAUAAAACCAAUUUCAUAGGUAGA